AUGUAUCCAAGCAUGCCCCUCUCGGCAGACGAUGCAUACAUGCUUCUCCACUUCUGCUUUCUCGCUCUCUUUCUCAUUCUCUCCUAUUCUCUUGCUUGCGUUCACACCCCAUUCCCUCUCUCUACCUGCUCACGUUUGCCGUCCGUCCGACACACACCCCGUGAAGAGGGGCGAAACCCCGGCCGUAUGUUCUUCUCCAGGGCUUUUUGCUUUCGGGACUCUGCACUCACUCCCACGAUUUUCCCUGUAGGUACCACAAUGCAGCUGGUGCUGGUGCUGCUGUUGCUACUACUGUGCAUGCCGGAAUUUGUUACCGCUGCACUGGACAUGAAGCUCGUGAUGGUUCAGCUGCUGCACCGGCACGGCGCUCGCACGGCUGAGCCGAGCUACAACAAGACUCAGAUCUGCGACAGCACCCCAUGCGGGUACCUCACGUGGCCUGGGAUUGAGAUGCUUGGCAAGACGGGCGCGUUCCUGCGGAGCCGCUACAACACAGACGCCUCUGUUGUGUCUGAGCCCAUGUUUCCGUCAGAGGACUACGACUUGGAUGUCGCAUACAGCCGGUCCACCGAUGUGCCGCGGACGCUGCAGAGCGCCGAGUCGUUCCUGCGCGGCUUCUUUCCGAACUUGACGUCCCUGUACCCCGCCAUUCACACAGUGCCAGAGGAAGACGACUACCUUCUGUACACGAACUACGUACCGCAAUUCCAGUUUUAUUGGAGCCUGGAUAUGGCGGGUGUGCGGGGUGUUUGCAACCCGGUUGUAGAUUGGAACUUUCCUGACUUUCACACGCUGACGGCGAUGGCUCAGGAGGUGCACAGUGAGGGGUACUGCAGCAAUUUUACACGGCGCACUGAUUGCGCCUUUGUGCUGUUUGAUAUUGCCGUCGCUAAGAAGCCCAUCGGAGAGCUGGACAAUUAUCCGCUGUUGAAGGCCAACCUGGACGGACUGAGUCAGGUGGCUCGCGAACACUUUGCGAGGCAGUAUGUGUACAACCGCAGCGACAUCCGAUGCUUUCAGCAAGGGAGCUCUGGGCAGCCAAUUCUGCAAGAGUUCGUGAAGAACAUCGGGGCGGCAAUGGCGGGCUCCAGCAGGUACAAGCUGUAUCACUACAGCGCGCAUGACACAACGCUGAGCCGGAUUGCAUGCUCGCUGCAGGACACGGCCGACGAUGGGCUACUGCCUCCCUUUGCGCAGACGCUCGUCCUGGAGCUGAUGCAAAACCUGUCAGAUUCGUCGUACCACGUGCGUGUGCUGCGCGGGCACCCCGCACAGAAUCCUGCAUCUGGCUUCGAGUUUGCGUGGGAACCAGACUGGCAGCUGAAGUGCAUGGACGCGUCUGGGCAGCUGUACAACGCGAGUAGCAACAGGUGCUCCGUGACUGACUUCACGCGAUUUGUGCAGUGGAGUGCUGCUCCGGUGACGUCGAUGGGGUACUGCUACCUUGACGAGAAGUAUCGGCAACUGCGCAACUGUCCGGAAGGCGGGAUCGAGGCUGGUGAAGCGUGGCAGACGCUGUCCAGCGGAUGCAAGUACUACCGGAAGCGGUGCCCGUCGUACUCGUGCGACGCCGGGUACAUGCUCAACAGCGUGUCGUUGCAGUGCGUGUGUGUUGCUCUCUCGUGCCGCUCGCCGUUCAGAACUGCUGUGCCAGAGUUGCCGGAUGGCAGUACUGGCGGCGCGGCGAACACCGCACCUGCCAAGACCACCGAGCUGAGUGCCGGCGGCAUGGCUGCCAUAGGAAUGGGAACAUUCUGCAUUGGUGUUCUUCUCGGUGCUGUCGUCACCGCUGCGGUGCUUCUCUGGAAAAAGCAUCGCAAGAGCACCCCCCCCUCCGAGGUUUGA